GUUCUUUUUACCACAGUUUUCGGGACUCCUCAUUCCCAAACUCAAAAUGGGUCACGUCUGUCGAGUGUGCGGCAAGAAGAAUGAGUCCGCGUCCAAGCUGGUUGUGCACCUGCGGACCCACACGGGGGAGAAGCCUUUUGAGUGCACGGUUUGCAACAAGAAGUUCAGCCAACGUAGCCAGCUCAAACCGCACCUCCGAAUCCACACAGGAGAGAAGCCCUUCGAGUGCACGGUUUGCAACAAGAAGUUCAACCAAGGUGGCGACCUCAGAAAGCAUCUCCGGACCCACUUAGGAGACAAGCCCUUUGAGUGCACGGUCUGCAACAAGAAGUUCACCAGAAGUGACAGCCUCAGAGUGCAUCUCCGAACUCACACAGGAGACAAGCCCUUUGAGUGCACGGCCUGCAACAGGAAGUUCAUCCAUGGUGGCGACCUCAGAGUGCAUCUCCGGACCCACACUGGGGACAAGCCCUUUAAGUGCACGGUCUGCAACAAGAAGUUCUCCAGAAGUGGCAGCCUCAGAAAGCAUCUCCGGACCCACACAGGAGAAAGGCCCUUUGAGUGCACGGUUUGCAACAAGAAGUUCAUCGAAAGUGGCAAGCUCAGAGUACACCUCCGGACCCACACAGGAGACAAGCCUUUUGAGUGCGCGGUCUGCAAUAAGAGGUUCCUCCAUGGUGGCAAUCUCAGAGUGCAUCUCCGGAUCCACACAGGAGACAAGCCCUUUGAGUGCACGGUUUGCAGCAAGAGGUUCUGCCAAAACUCUCAUCUGAAAAAGCAUCUGCGAACCCACACUGAAGGAAACGGUUUGAACAUGUAGUUGGCUAAUGGAAGUUAAGUCAAGAUGACAGCAGUCUCAGUCUUAACUGCGCACUCUCUUUUAGGAGAAAUGGCAGGCUGUAUUUUUCCGGAAGACGAUUACUGGGCGGCAGGCCGAAGUGUACCGGUUGAGACUGUUCAUGAGGCGCAUAACUAAGAUAUUUAGUCCGAAUUUGUUUAAUGUAGGGAAACUAUCCGUGUCUCGAUCUAAUGUCAUUUACGAGCUUAUAGUUUUUUCUCAUUGUUAGAAGUAAAGUGGGAAGUCAUUUAAAACAAUAGGACUGGGCACAGGAAGUCUUAGGCUCUCAUUUGAAAAUGAUUUUAUUUCCGAUUCGAAUACAUGACAAUAUGUGAAUUUGACUUUCCGUCUCUGAAAUAUGACUCGUUUGUUUUAAGCACGCUUUCGUUGAUCUUUGGAAGAUGGCAUGGAUUGAUUGAUUCUGGUAAACGAUUCAUAAGUUUUCUCUCAAUUUGACUCUGUUGCACGUUUAAUGAUGUUACUUGUAUGCACUACUGUUUUUGCCUCUAUAUUGAAUAAAAAAAAGUAUUAUUGA